UGGUAGUGGAAAGAAGAUCCUAUUUCUAGUAUCUUAUACUCCUCCUGAUCUCUCCAACCCCAUCUACAACCGGCUUUGUGAACUCAUAGAAGACCUAGCUGUGAUGGGAAAUCAUUGCUCAAAUCUCAAGAACAAAGAAAAGCUUUCCGGACGGAUGUCUGGAGUUGGCUUUCAAGGAGGUUAUGAGGAUGGUAAAACCGCUGGAACUUAUGCUACUCAAAAGAACCUUCCUCCUGCCCAGCAAGCAUUGGAUGACAUUUUUCAGCAGAAAUUAGCUUCUCACAACGAACUCGUGAAAGAGUGCAUCCGCCACUUCUCGCCUGAUGCCCAUGAGCAGAAAAGGAAGGCCCUUGAAGACUUCAGCAUUCCCAGUUGGUCCAACAAAGAGUGGGAAAGUUCUAAAAACAACCCAGAACCAGUUGCCUCAAAUGUCAUAGUCACAUCAAAUGACUUCUCAAACAAGCCCCAUUGUGAAAAAGACAAGAAUGUGUUCACCUACGGUAUCUUCAGCUACAUCAACCGCAAGACUGGUUCCCCAAUCUUGCCUCCUUCAAAUGAAUUCGGACAUGCCCUCAGGUUUCCCGACUACGACUGCAACAUAGAAUUUGGCAGGCUCCCCGGCAUUGUUGAGGUGUUCUGGAAAAGCAACGACAUCAGUCAUCACACUGUUGGCCCACCGGCCGAGUUGAAAAUACUAAAGAUACAACCCACCAUGGAUGCUCAUUCCAAAUUAGCCAUACAUUAG